AUGGAACGUACUCUAACGCCGAUGCAUGUCGAUGGAGGCAGUCUGGGAACUUCACAAACUCGUCUACAACCCAUUAUUAUCAUCAUCGCCUCGACGACUCUCGUCUUUACAGGAUGCGGAAUAAACUUCGCAUUUGGUGUCUUUCAAGAGCUCUACGACUCCAUGUCAAAGGAACCAAACACGCCGUUCACCGGCGCAACACCUGCGCAAAUUGACCUGAUCGGCACUCUCUCAAUCGCACUGAUGACAAUCGGCGCUCCGUUCGCAACCGCAUGGACAAAGCAAUAUCCCCCUCGAUACGUAAUUUGGGCUAGCGGAAUCAUUCAUUCAAGCGCUCUGCUUUUUGCAAGCUUCAGUCAACACCUGUGGCAAUUCAUCCUCACACAAGGCUUUCUUCUCGGCGUCGCCACUUGUUUGACCUACAUGCCAUCCGUAACCGUGGCGCCAACCUGGUUCUCUCUGCACCGCGGACUAGCGAUGGGGAUAAUCCUCGCAGGAACCGGAAUCGGCGGUGUCGCAUGGCCACUUGCUUUUCGAUAUCUCAUUGAGUCCGUUGGAUUCCGCAACACACUCCGGGUCACCGCGGGGAUCUCCUUUGUACUCAUUUGCGGCCCAGGGACAUUUAUACGCUGGCCUACUAGCCAAAUCACUCGUAUCCAAGCCGAGAACGCCGCUUCUUCCCGUUCGUCGAGUUUUUUCCGCCUUCCGUUGGUUGACUGGCGCGUCGUUCAAAGCCGCAAAUUCGUCGCUCAUGCUCUUGGUUCAGCGUUGCAGUCGGCUGCGUACUAUACACCGGUGUUCUUUUUCGCGUCUUUUGCCCGUACAUUAGGUUACUCACAGGCAACUUCGGCGAACUUCAUUGCCAUCUCGAACGCUGCAAAUGCGCUAGGCAAGGUUGUCAUCGGUCAUGCAGCGGACCGUAUGGGAAGACUCAACACACUAGUAUUAACAACGCUCAUCUCAGCCGUCUCUGUGCUCGCCUUAUGGCUUCCCUCGUGUUUAUCUACUACACGAUCUACCGGGAGUACGCUCUUCAUCGCGUUCACGAUUUUCUAUGGCAUUUUUGCAUCAGCAUACGUUGCUCUCUUCCCGACAAGCCUGGUAGAGUUAUUCGGUGUGCAAAACUUUGUCAGUGUUAAUGGUCUGCUGUAUAUGGUACGAGGCUUUGCGACAUUAGUUGGAACCCCAGUUGCAGGUGCACUGAUCCGUGGGAAUACCGAGAAGAGUAUUGGCCCGCGAAGUUAUGAGAAUACCAGCAUUAUGGUAGGUGUACUACUGGUUGUGGCGACGUUAGCUGUGGUCUGGGCGCGACUUGAGGCCACCCUUACCCUUGAUGCUGCAGUGGGGCGCAGAAUGAAGUGGUUAAUGUAG